AUGUCUGAUACCAAGGUGGCAUGUCGCCAACUUGGUUUUACCAAAGCUGUGGGACCUUCGUACGAGGGACGCGGGACGGUGUGUCGUACUAACUGGGAUAUGCCAGAUGCUAACGUUGGAUAUCAUCAAUUUGGUUUUGCUAGAGCUGUAGGAGCUUCGUACGAAGGAAGAGGAACUGGUAAAGUAUGGCUGUACAACAUGCAGUGUACAGGCUCAGAAACCGCACUUGGGAGCUGUCCUCACAAUGGAUGGGGAAACGUCAUGUGGAGUUGUAUCACCAUGGUCAAUGGGGAACGUUAUGUCAAGGUGUAUCACCAGGGUCAAUGGGGAAAAGUGUGUAGUGAUGGCUGGUAUAUGGAGGAAGCUAAGGUUGCAUGUCGACAACUCGGUUUCACAAAAGCUGUGGGAGCUUCGUACAAUGGACGAGGGACGGGUAGAGUUUGGCUGAAUUACAUGGGGUGUACUGGUUCAGAAUCCGAUCUUGGCAGCUGUUCUCACAAUGGUUGGGGACACGGAUGGGGUUGUGAUCGCACAACAAAUGUCGGUGUUGUGUUACAUCUGGCUGCAAUACUCACAAGUUUCGUGGAGGUGUAUCAUCAGGGUCAAUGGGGAACAGUAUGUAAUUAUGGCUGGAAUAUGCCAGAUGCUAAGGUUGCUUGUCGUCAGCUUGGUUUUACCAAAGCUAUAGGAGCUUCGUACCUUGGACGAGGGACGGAAGUGUAUCACCAGGGUCAAUGGGGAACAGUAUGUCAUGGUAGCUGGGGCAUGGAUGAUGCCAAGGUGGCUUGUCGUCAACUUGGUUUUACCAAAACUGUAGGAGCUUCGUGGCUUGGACGAGGGACGG